CACAUCCUAUGUGGAUUUCUCAAGGUCGUUCGAGCAGCUUGUUUACGUGAAAAAUUCUACGGGGUUCAACUUCCCGCGACAGGGGCUGGGUAUAUAAACGUCUGCACGCCUUCGCUAACCAAAACAAUCUCGAGACUCAAGACACAGAAGGAAAAAUUGUCGCAGUUUUCGUCUCAAAACAUCGAAAACCAGAAUGGACCCCAAACAUUUCCACAAGCUCGGGGGUGGUAACGAGCCUCACUAUGCCCCACACCUGAACACCGUACCGGCGCCCAAGUCUGUCGAUUAUAAUUGGCUGAAUCAACCUGCCAAGAAGCCAAAAGUUAACCUCGCCAAGGCGAAUGCUAUUCAGAUUGGACGUCAAGGGAGUGUGGAUGAUCCCAGUUCUCCGGUCGGAUCCCCUACUCUGUCGGUGGGUUCGGCAGGAGCAUCAGCCAUGCCCAACUCGCCUCCAAUUUCUACCUUCUCUUUCAGCAACUUCGCCACCCAACCAACACAACUUAAAUCGGAGAAGCAAUUCUAUCAUGCAUUUGACUUCAAAUCUUAGACGUACUGGGUUGGAAUCUCGAGGACAACAAAUAUCGGAACGGUGUAAAUAGCUAGCAAAAUUAUUUGGAAAUAAACCAUAAAACGGGUUUCUGAGUCAGUAUUCAGGAUUUCUGAUAUACGGACAUUCGAAGCGGAUGGACGGACAUUGGAAGAUGCUUAAUUAUCACUGAGGUACUUUUAAUUGGCGUGUAUUCUAAGUCAUUGGCAUCAAAACAUUCAUGAAUGACAAGUGUAUCGUAUAACUUGUCUUGAGGGUAAAUGUGUACUGGGACAGAAAUGUAUGUAAACAGUAGAUCUAGUCUGUUUGACGUCGCCGCUGAUUGUUUGACUAUUUCCAUACAUAACCGCAAAGUUUGUGUUAGAUGAGGAUUAAUUGGGCGUUGUGAUGAACUAAGGUAAAACUUAAUUUACAUGCAUUGUACAAGUGUGCUAUUUCAUUUUCUUGCAAGGGGAAUACGAGUGUGUAUAUAGGGAGAAAGAGAGUUUUGAAUUUUGCUUGUUUACAUUUAUUUUUCAUAAUUGCAUAUUGAAUAAACCAUAUUUUUGUAAAAAAAAAAAAAAAA